AUGUCUGACGUUGCCCUGAAGUCCAUAUCUGUCAUUAUUGGGGUGUUUUUUGUCCUCUUUGGAAUUCUGAAAGUUGUGCCUCUUUUUUCGCAGGAUUUGCUUCAUGAAUUAGUAAAUGUUCACAUUCGAAACAUGUUUGAGAGAAGUGCAAAGGUAUUUCCCCUUCAAUGUAUCACUGGAUGGCGACCAGACGCUGACACACUGCGUCAUUUCUACGGUGCCAUGGAGAUAGUCUGUGGUGUGGUGAUGAUGGUGGGCUGUGAGAAUGCAGCCGAUCUGGCCAACAUUGUCCUCACGAUUCUCCUUUUUUUCUCCCUCUAUGCCAGCUGGGCUCUGGGUGAGGGUCUGAAGGAGGCCUCUCAUGCAAUUGUCCUUGGUCUUGUUCUCGCUUGUCGCUUUGUUAUUCGACUACAGGUUAGUUUCUAA